AUGGAAAUGAACAUUCCUCAACAGGCAAGCUGGAUGGUGAGAAAGAUAAUGGAUGCAAGAGAAGUGGCUCAGCAAGUACCUACGGCUCUUAACAAGAAAAGUAAAACCAAACAAAUAUACUUGGCCAUUCUGGGAAACUAUAGCAAGGUGGCAUGGAGAGCCUUAAUGUUCCACAAUGAAGGUAGGCCCAAAGCAAUAUUCACUAUGUGGAUGCAAUGCCAUGAGAGACUUAUGACAACAGAUAGACUUGCAAACUGGGGUGUUCAAGUGAAUACAAGAUGCUGUUUAUGUGAUGGAGCAGAUGAAUCACAUGAUCACUUAUUUGGUGAAUGUAGUUUUACUAAAGCAGUUUGGGGAAAGCUCAUGCAAUGGAUACAGAGUCAGAUGAACCCAAUGUAUUCAUAUGCACAGAUGAUAACAUGGAUAGUAACACAAGCCAAAGGAAAAUCGUGUAGAGCUAAAAUACUGAAAAUGGUGCAUGCAGAACACAUCCAUGGGAUAUGGAGGGAGAGGAACAACAGAAUAUUUGAAAAGACAAUGAGAACAACAGACCAAAUUGCAAGGGAAAUAGCAUGUGUUUGUAACAUUAGAGUCCAAGGAGAGAUGAGGAAGAAGAUGCAGCAGUUUAUGUACUGA